AUGCGGGACACCAUCGACGUGGCAACAGAGAGACACUCUCGUUGGCAGAGCGGUUUGAAACGUUUUGCCGAGCUCACACGGGAAACCGAUGAAAAAGGAGAGCGCAAUAGCUUUUAUCACCGCAAACGGUUUGGACCCAUUGGCAAAUUUACAGUAAGCAUGAACGCUGAGUGUCACGAUAUUUUUGGAAACAACGGUAAUGGACAUGUUUGUAAUGCGAUUGCAGGAGAUGGCGGCGCAUUCAGAGAUAAACCAGGCCAGACUAUUAUCAUAGCACUAGAAGGACUAGAGCAUUUCAGUCGCGCACGGAUUAGAAGGAUUAAGCAGCGUUCCGCUUGGCGCGGAUCACGGCGAGUCGAUGGUCGGAAAUCGCAACUUUGA